AGUGCACGUCUAAUGUUUACGUUUCUGCUCGGGUUAAAUGCGUCUAAAGAACUAAUACAGAGGACUCUUUUGUUACUAUACUUAUAUCGUGUCUGUGACCUUGAAGCAGUCUGCACUGAGGCGACAAAAUGGGGAACACGAGCAGCGAGAGAGCCGCAAUGGGCCACGGGGAGAAGGCCACGCGGCGGGACAGCAGGGGCAACAAGGACGGCGAGAGGCCCAAAAUCCUCAUGGACAGCCCGGAGGAUGCUGACAUUUUCCACGGGGACGACUUGAAAGCUCCCUUAGAGAAAGAAGAGUUCCUCGCAUGGCAAGACUUAGAAGUGGAGGACAAAGGGCCAACAUUAAACCGGCCAACUGUCUUUCGCUGGACUGGCGAUAGCAAGGAGGUCUUCCUCUCUGGAUCCUUCAACAACUGGGCGAAUAAGAUUCCUCUGAUUAGAAGUCAGAACACCUUUGUCACCAUCGUUGGACUCCCUGAAGGGGAGCACCAGUACAAGUUUUACGUAGACGGCCAGUGGACUCACGACCCAACUGAGCCUGUUGUUACAAGUCAGCUGGGCACAGUCAAUAACAUAAUCCAGGUGAAGCAAACUGACUUUGAGGUAUUUGACGCUCUCAUGGUGGACUCGCAGAAGUGCUCGGACAUGUCAGACCUGUCCAGCUCUCCUCCCGGGCCGUAUCACCAGGAUGCUUACGUUCCAAAACAAGAAGAAAAGUUAAAGUCUCCACCUAUACUUCCACCACACCUGCUCCAAGUCAUCCUCAAUAAAGAUACUGGAAUAUCUUGUGAUCCUGCACUCCUGCCAGAGCCAAACCAUGUCAUGCUCAACCAUCUUUACGCACUUUCCAUUAAGGAUGGCGUUAUGGUGCUGAGCGCCACGCAUCGCUAUAAGAAGAAGUAUGUCACCACCUUGCUAUAUAAGCCCAUCUGACCAACGACCAUGCAGGUGUUUUUGAAAAAAUGGCUCAAGCAAUAGUAGGACUUUGUCACCUUAUCACAUUUAGUUCACUGGACGUGUUAGUUAGUGGAGUUGUAUACACGCUAAUAAAAAAAAGAAAAGAGAAAAUAAGUAAUUUGCAAGAAAGAUAGGCGUAGUUUAAAACCUAUGUCACACAGUCAGAGAUCCUACCAAAACGCCCGUCAGAGCUGUAACAGUUUGGUCAAACUGCAACGCUUUCACAAAGUAAUCAGACAUCAGCACUGGUAUCGGGUGAGAUAUCUAAAAUACUAAAGUAUGAAACUUCACACCCCCACAUUCCCUUUUAUACACAACUUCUAUAGUACAACCUACAAAAGAACGAGCUAAUAACUCAAUUUCCUGCCUUUUCCAUGCAACUUUGUUCUGCUUUGUGUGAUGCGUUCAGGGAACUCAGAGAUGUAGCCCAUGUGAAGCUUAGGAGGUUUGACAUAACAAAAACAUAUAAUGGCUGAUGAGCGUGACCAUGAAUACAGUAAUGCAUUGUUAUUGAUCCUGACAUCUUAACCGUAUUAUUGUUUGGAAUACAUUUCGUUGCAUAUCUACACUCUAGUUAGUUUGGCGCCAAUACUGCGUUUUAGUGCACUUAGAGUUUAAAUUAGUAAAUUCUUUACAAGUGGUACAGUGUUAAAUCAGUGCAUUGUUGUUGAUCUUGACAACUUAGCCGUACUAUUUUUUGGAAUACAUUUCAUUGCAUAUCUACACACUAGUUAGUUUGGCGCCAAUACUGCGUUUUAGUGCACUUAGGGUUUGGAUUGGUAAAUUCUUUACAAGUGGUACAGUGUUAAAUCAGUGCAUUGUUGUUGAUCCUGACGACUUAGGCGUACUAUUUUUUUGGAAUACAUUUCAUUGCAUAUCUACACACUAGUUAGUUUGGCGCCAAUACUGCGUUUUAGUGCACUUAGAGUUUAAAUUAGUAAAUUCUUUACAAGUGGUACAAUGUUAAAUCAGUGCAUUGUUGUUGAUCUUGACAACUUAGCCGUACUAUUUUUUGGAAUACAUUUCAUUGCAUAUCUACACACUAGUUAGUUUGGCGCCAAUACUGCGUUUUAGUGCACUUAGGGUUUGGAUUAGUAAAUUCUUUACAAGUGGUACAGUGUUAAAUCAGUGCAUUGUUGUUGAUCCUGACAACUUAGCCGUACUAUUUUCUGGAAUACAUUUCAUUGCAUAUCUACACACUAGUUAGUUUGGCGCCAAUACUGCGUUUUAGUGCACUUAGGGUUUGGAUUAGUAAAUUCUUUACAAGUGGUACAGUGUUAAAUCAGUGCAUUGUUAUUGAUCCUGACGACUUAACCGUACUAUUUUUUUGGAAUAUAUUUCAUUGCAUAUCUACACACUAGUUUGUUUGGCGCCAAUACUGCGUUUUAGUGCACUUAGAGUUUGGAUUAGUAAAUUCUUUACAAGUGGUACAGUGUUAAAUCAGUGCAUUGUUGUUGAUCCUGACAACGUAACCGUAUUAUUUUUUGGAAUACAUUUUAUUGCAUAUCUACACACUAGUUAGUUUGGCGCCAAUACUGCGUUUUAGUGCACUUAGGGUUUGGAUUAGUAAAUUCUUUACAAGUGGUACAGUGUUAAAUCAGUGCAUUGUUGGUGAUACUGACAACUUAACUGUAUUAUUGUUUGGAAUACAUUUCAUUGCAUAUCUACACACUAGUUAGUUUGGCGCCAAUACUGCGUUUUAGUGCACUUAGGGUUUGGAUUAGUAAAUCCUUUACAAGUGGUACAGCGUUAAAUCAGUGCAUUGUUGUUGACCCUGACAACUUAACCGUAUUAUUUUUUGGAAUACAUUUCAUUGCAUAUCUACACACUAGUUAGUUUGGCGCCAAUACUGCGUUUUAGUGCACUUAGGGUUUGGAUUAGUAAAUUCUUUACAAGUGGUACAGUGUUAAAUCAGUGCAUUGUUGUUGAUCCUGAUGACUUAGCCGUACUAUUUUUUUGGGAAUACAUUUCAUUGCAUAUCUACACACUAGUUUGUUUGGUGCCAAUACUGCGUUUUAGUGCACUUAGGGUUUGGAUUAGUAAAUUCUUUACAAGUGGUACAGUGUUAAAUCAGUGCAUUGUUGGUGAUACUGACGACUUAGCCGUACUAUUUUUUGGAAUACAUUUCAUUGCAUAUCUACACACUAGUUAGUUUGGCGCCAAUACUGCGUUUUAGUGCACUUAGAGUUUGGGUUAGUAAAUUCUUUACAAGUGGUACGGUGUUAAAUCCGCAUGUCUAAAAUGAGGCUGAAGAGUGUUUUCGGAUCAGAUCUUUUGAAAUGACAAUGCAAGAAAAUGAAAGUGAUGUUAAAACAAGUUAAAUAUCGCACUGUAGAAGCUCUCUACUGUUUUUAUUAUCAUCUCUUAGUAUUAUAAGCUCAUGUUGUUUAGUGCGAAUGACACAUUACAAAACAUAACAUAGACUAUUUAUUUAUUCACUUGAUUAUGUGAUGGGUUUUUUUUUCCCCCCACAUUUAAAUUUUUGGACUGACAAGUAUUAUUUUGCACAACAAAGACCAGGAUGGAUGUAAAGUAGAAGGCACGUUACAUUUACGGGAACUUGCCAGCAUUUCAGACAAAAGGCAUACAGUCGUCCCUCGUUUAUUGCUUCUAAUUUGACUGUGAUAAAUUAAUUAUCACAAAGUAGGAUUCUUAUUUAUAAAUGAAAUAUUUUCAUUGUUUGAGCAUAAAAAACAUGUUCACUACCUUCUAAAAAUAUGUUUUUAACAUUAUCAUAGCCCUUUAAACAUGAAAUAACAUACGUAGUCACCUUUACACUCUGUGUUCUAUUCCUUCUGCCCACUGGUCGCCAAGCUUUAUUGCUUUGGCCGCCGUCAAGGCUACAUGGAAAUAAUUUGUCACAUCCUGUGUAAUUGCUCUCAGCUGGAUGUUGAUGUGCUGAAACACGUAGUUCUGCCAAAAAUUUAUCAUUUUGAUCGUCGCUGCAAAGGUUACAUCCUAGUUAGCAUUGAGUGUCCUGCUGCGUUUUUUGCCAAAGUUUCCCCUAAUGUGGAGAUGUGGUAUUGGCAUACUUGCCAACCCUCCCGAAUUUUCCAGGAGACUCCCGAAAUUCAGCGCCUCUCCCGAAAACCUCCCGGGACAAAUAUUCUCCCGAAAAUCUCCCGAUUUUCAGCCGGAGCUGUAGGCCACGCCCUCUCCAGCUCCAUGCGGACCUGAGUGAGGACAGCCUUUUCUUUAUGACGGGAGGACAACAGGGUGACAAGAACUAAAUCAUCCAGGCUAGAGAUAAAUUGUAUU